GCCGCGUGGCACGCGGGGAGGCCAUGGCGGGCGCUUUGGAAAGCGGCGCAUCGGGCGGCCCAAGUUCUUUCCCGGCGGCCGCCGGUUGCUCCGCUCAGUCCCGUCCGGAGGAGGAGGAGGGCGCCAGGCGGGCGGCGAGGACGCUCCACGGGAACCGGCGGGCGGAUCACCCUGCGCUCACAGGGAUGAUGUCGUUGGAUGUGGCUGACAGUAGCUGUGUGCAUGCUGCUUUCUUAGUUUACUUAGACCUCUUAGAAGCUAGGAACUGGCAUGAGGUGUCCUACAUUGGCCUUGUGGAAUUCCAGCUUGUGUGUCUCUGUGGACGAGAGAGAGAAGCGGAUGGUUUGCAAGUGGUGGUGCCAACUCCUGUCCACGUGUCAAUCAGCCAUGAGAGGUUGAGACAGAUCAUGAAGAGAUCAUAUGCUCUGAAGGAUGAACCUGAUUCUCCGCUCUCUAUCACACUGGCCAUAGUUGAAUCGGACUCCACAAUAGUCUACUAUAAACUGACACAUGGUUUUGAAACCCCAGACCCUCCUGACGAUACUGAAUACAUGGAUGAUAAGCAGUGGAGGAAGAAAAGAAAGAGGUUUAUGAGACGAUAGGAAAAUAGACUACUGUGUUAGCUCUGGACUACAUCAGAUCUCUAAACCAAUCUGGAACUGUGUAUUUGAAUUAAAAGGUGCAAUUGAGAGCUGAACAUCUGCUUUGAAAAUCCUUAAUAAGGUCUGAGAAUUGUAAUAAAUGGGAACAUCAAAGAUGCCAUGGACCAAUUCAAGAAUCUGUCCUCUCCUCAUCAGAAAGUUCAAGCUAGUAGACUACUUGAAAAUAUAUUUCUUUGGUAGCAAAACCAAUUUCCACCCUUUGUUCCCGAUUCAGUCAUUGUCCCGAUCUGUCUCAACCUACUUACUUUUUAUAAAUCUUUGACUUUCUCUAGCAAAUUCCUUUGUGCGUGUCCCUAUAAAGUAUUCACAGCACCUGCUAUAUUAAAUUGCUUGAUUGUGGGUCCCUUGCUGAGUGAAGCAAUCCUCUGCAAAGUUUGCUAUAGUUCAUGCUCAUAACAAGGCGAUGCACACUCCCUCCCUCCCGCCCACCCUUGGGGUUGAAAUGUGCUGCAGCUGGAAAAAAGAUGACUUCACUGCUGACUACUGCGCCUACUGCCAAAACUUUGGAAGAGAUGGUCCAGUCCAGUGAACUGAAGGUGAAUUUAGCACUUGUUUAUGUAGAGGUUUUUAUACCCUCAAAGCACUUUAUGCAUUAUCUCAAUGGUUGUUGUUUUUUUUACAACAACCCUGUAACAUAGGUCCAUAUUGUUAGCCCCAUGUUGCAUUCAGGGGGACUGAAUGAAAGUGGCUUGUUUAAGGUCAGGUGCUAACUUAAUGAAUAAGGGAAGACAGUUAGAGCAGGAACUUUCUGGCUUUUUUUUUAUCCUGAACAAAAGUCCGGUGAGAAAAGUGGCUAAAAACAUGGUGUGAUGGCCACUAGCUGACACUGUCAUAUAGACUUAGUGUACAAGUAUUAGGACAAAUGCUCAACAAAAAAAAUCACCAUAUGAUCUCUGUGUACGCUUUGGGGAAACAUCAGCAAGGAUGCUCAAUAAACAGUCUGGAAAUGCCCUAUAAAUUGCGCAUCCAUACAUGUAUGGUACUGCUUCCUGUCAGUUUGUUCAACAGCUGCCAAGUGGUGGGGCUGAAUGGACGUUUUCCCAGCUUUUAUCUCCUACCAACCCUGCACCUCCCCCCCCCUUGCAAUAGUUCAAAUGGCCAACCUUUAGUUUUGACUUUCACCCUCACAGCACCUCUUAGUUUAGUAGUGACUGAAAUAGUUCAUCCAAAAGGGAUAUAUUGCUGAUAUUAAGAAUCACGGAUCUUGUAGGUUGUUCAUGCUAGCCAGAUUUAACAUGUUUUCCUCCAUGAUAGAUAGAGGAAGGUAUUUAGCUCUCUCAAAAUCGGAACUUUUUUUUGUAAAUGCAGUAAGAAUGAACUGGAUACAUUGGAACAUAUUCUCUUGCAACUUUGUUUUUUAUAUAUAAAUAAUUUUUAUUGAUUUUACAAAAAAAUGAAAAACAAAGGAUACAUAAAAAUACAAAGAAAAAAAGAAGAGAAAAAUAUUUCUUUGACAAUUAUCAAACACAAAAAUUUCUUACUCUGUUGACUUCCUCCUUCCCUCCCUUCCACGUUUCUAAUUAAAUCUAUAAUCGCACUCUCUACUUCUUAACCCAUUUCUUAUUCUAAUAUACUUUUCUAUAAACUUUUUUCUUGAUCCUUUUUAGUACACUCAUUUCCAGUAUAUCAUUUAGAUCUAGAAAUCUUAAUAACUAUAUUCCAUUUAAACUUAUUCCCUUAUAACAAUAUCUAAGUGCUUCAUCAGCCUUUUUAUACAUCCAUUUCCCUUGUUAUCUAUUUUUAAUCUUGUAAUUCUUUUCCAAGUAGAUUUUAAAUUUCUUCCAAUCUUCUUCCACCAUCUCGCUUCCCUGUUCUCGAAUUCUCCCAGUCAGUUCAGACAGUUCCAUGUAUUCUAUCAGCUUCGUCUGCCAGUCAUCCACAGUCGGUAAUUCUUCAGAUUUCCACUCCCGCAGUUUAGCAAACGUGUUUUUAAACACUUUCUUCAGUUCAUUAUAAAUCUUAUCCCACAAGCUCUUUACUCGGGGACAAGUCCACCACAUGUGGUAAAAGGUCCCUUCCGAUUCUCUGCAUUUCCAACAUUUAUUGUCCUUUCUAUGAUAUAUCUUCGCCAGUUUCACUAUACAUCAUCUUAUACAAAUUUUCUUUCAAUACAUUACAUGCUGUAAAUCUCAUAUUACUUUUCCAUAACCUUUCCCAAUCUUCAAUCAUAAUGUUGUGACCUAGGUCCUUUGCCCACUCAAUCAUUACUGAUUUUGUUUGUUCAUCUUUCGUAUGCCAUUCCAACAAUAGUUUAUUCAUUCUAGAGAGAUUUUUAGUUUUUGGUUCUAUUAAUUCUGUUUCCAACUUUGAUUUUUCGGAUUGAAAACCUCUUUUCUUGUCAAUUUUAUAUAAUUCAUUAAUCUGAUGAUACUGCAACCAAUCAUUCAAUUGAUUUUUCAUCUGAUCAUAUGAUUUUAACUUCAUCUGGUCAUUUACUUCUAUCAAUAAAUCUUUAUAUUUUGGCCAAUGAUCUUCCAUGUUCAGCUUUUUCUUAACUUUUGCCUCUAAAGGUGAUAUCCACCUAGGUGUUUUCCUCUCCACAAGAUCUUUAUAUCUAGACCAAACAUUAAACAGUGAUUUCCUUAUGAUAUGGGAUUUAAAUCCUCUAUGCACCUUAACCUUGUCAUAAAUAAGCAUGCCAACCAAAUGCAUUGUCAAAACCUUCCAGAUCUAAAAUAUCAGUGUUAUCAAGCAAAAACCAUUCUUUCAUCCAGCAAAAAGCUGCAGCUUCUGCACAUAUCUUUAAUCUUUAAAUCUGGCAGGGAGAAGCCUCCUCUUUCUUUAUCGUCUGUCAAUAACUUAAAUCUAAUUCUGGGCUUCUUUCCUUGCCAGAUAAAUAUAGAUAGAACCUUUUGCCAUUCUUUAAAACACGUAAGUUUUUCUACAAUAGGUAUAGCUUGAAACAAAAAUAACAUUUUUGGCAAUACAUUCAUUUUUAUCACGGAAAUGCAGCCUAAAAACGACAAUUUCAAUCGUGUCCAUAUAUCUAAAUCUCUCUUAAUUUCAUUCCACAACUUUUCAUAAUUAUUCUUAAACAACUGAAUGUUCUUGGCUGUCAAAUUAACUCCCAAGUAUUUCACCUUUUUGACAAAUAUCAAACCAGUAAUUUUUUGUAAUCUAUCAGUUUCCUCAGAUGUUAAAUUUUUGCCCAAAACUUUGGUUUUCAAUUUGUUUAAUUUAAAUCCUGCCAGCUGUCCAAACUCUUGUAUAACUUCUAAAACUUUAGAUAUACUAUUUUCCGGGUCUUGUACUGUCAAUACCAAAUCGUCUGCAAAGGCUUUAAGUUUAUAUUGUUUCCUUCCUACUUUUAUUCCAGUAACCUCCUCAUCCUUUCUAAUUUUUUCAAGCAGUACUUCCAGAACUGAAAUAAACAAUAGAGGUGAGAGUGGACAACCUUCAUAGAAUCAUAGAAUCAUAGAAUCAUAGAGUUGGAAGAGACCACAAGGGCCAUCCAGUCCAACCCCCUGCCAAGCAGGAAACACCAUCAAAGCAUUCCUGACAGAUGGCUGUCAAGCCUCUGCUUAAAGACCUCCAAAGAAGGAGACACCACCACACUCCUUGGCAGCAAAUUCCACUGCCGAACAGCUCUUACUGUCAGGAAGUUCUUCCUAAUGUUUAGGUGGAAUUUUCUUUCUUGUAGUUUGAAUCCGUUGCUCCGUGUCCGCUUCUCUGGAGCAGCAGAAAACAACCUUUCUCCCUCCUUUAUAUGACAUCCUUUUAUAUAUUUGAACAUGGUUAUCAUAUCACCCCCUAACCUUCUCUUCUCCAGGCUAAACAUACCCAGCUCCCUAAGCCGUUCCUCAUAAGGCAUCGUUUCCAGGCCUUUGACCAUUUUGGUUGCCCUCUUCUGGACACGUUCCAGCUUAUCAGUAUCCUUCUUGAACUGUGGUGCCCAGAACUGGACACAAUACUCCAGGUGAGGUCUGACCAGAGCAGAAUACAGUGGUACUAUUACUUCCCUUGAUCUAGAUGCUAUACUCCUAUUGAUGCAGCCCAGAAUUGCAUUGGCUUUUUUAGCUGCUGCAUCACACUGCUGACUCAUGUCAAGUUUGUGGUCAACCAAAACUCCUACCGUGUUUCCCCUUUUUUAAGACACCGUCUUAUUGUUUUUUUUACUCAAAAAAACACACGGUGUCUUAUUUUCAGGGGAUGUCUUGUACCUUAAGGCCUCCUCGGAGGGGCCAGGCAGCUGGCUCGGGGUGCUGCUGGGCGCUCUGUGCGGCGCUGCAGCAGCAGCCGGUUCCAGGCACCAAGGCAGCUGCCUGUUCCGGUGGCGGGGCGGCAGGCAAAAAAGAAAAAAAGAGGCCAGGCUGCUGCAGGGCAUUCCGAGCGCUUGGCACUGCGGAGCGCUCCGCUCUGCAGCUGCCUGUUCCGGUGGCGGGGCGGCAGGCAAGAAAGAAAAAAAAGAGGCCAGGCCGCUGCGCUCCGCCCAGGGCUGCAGGGCGUUACGAGCGCUCGGGGCUGCAGAGCGCUCCUCUCCACAGCUGCCGGUUCCGGUGGUGGGGCGGCAGAAAAAAAGGAAAAAAAGAGGUCAGGCUGCUGCAGGGUGUUCCGAGCGCUCGGCGCUGCGGAGCGCUCUGCUCUGCAGCUGCUGGUGGCGGGGCGGCAGGCAAAAAAAAUAAAAACAAAGAGGCCAGGCCGCUGCGCUCCGCCCGGCGCUGCAGGGUGUUCCGAGCGCUCGGCGCUGCGGAGCGCUCCGCUCUGCAGCUGCCUGUUCCGGUGGCGGGGCGGCAGGCAAGAAAGAAAAAAAAGAGGCCAGGCCGCUGCGCUCCGCCCAGGGCUGCAGGGCGUUACGAGCGCUCGGGGCUGCAGAGCGCUCCUCUCCACAGCUGCCGGUUCCGGUGGUGGGGCGGCAGGAAAAAAAGGAAAAAAAGAGGUCAGGCUG